AUGGCUCCGGGUCCCGCUUCGAGGAGGAAAGGGGCCGCGGGGCCUGCGGGCGGGCUGCCCUCCGUGCGCCAGAGCCUGCGCCGGGCCUGGCAAGACAAGCACCUGGUGCUCUUCGAGCCCCACUACACCCCGCUGGUGGCCGCCUGCCUCUGCCUGGCCGAAGUGGGGGUCAACCAGUGGGUCAUACACAGGGUGGCAUGUGAGUGGGGGCCCGGGACGGGGGGCCGGGAGAGUGGCGCUGGUGGUGUGGAUAAGGGGCAAGGCUUAGGUGGGGUUAGGACCUUCGCCGGGAGGGAGGAAUAUAGCUCCCGUCUGCAGCUCUUCUGGUAAUAAUAAUAAUAAUAAUAAUAAUAAUAAUAAUAAUAAUAUACUUAUACCACGCCCAUCGGGCUGGGUUUCCCCAGCCACUCUGGGCGGCUUCCAACAAAAAUUAAAAAUACAUUAAAAUGGCACAUAUUAAAAACUUCCCUGAACAGGGCUGCCUCCAGAUGUCUUCCAAAUGUCAGCUAGUUGUUUAUCUCUUUGACAUCUGAUGGGAGGGCUAGCGUGCUGGGCAGAGGGAACCCUGUGGGAUUGGGUUAAGGAGGCAACAGCAGCCCUGCUGGCUGGGUCAAGCAAAAGGUCUCCCUGCAGUGGCCAAGCAGGUGGGAAGACCAUGGGAAGGACGUGAGCAUAGGAGCCAGCUCCUAGGGGUUGAGGUCCAUUUGCUCCCCCUAAAAUAUUUGAGGGCUCCCCUCCCAAAUAUUGCCAUUCAAAUGGUGUGUGCAUGCCACGCUAUGUGAUUGAUUAUGCAGGGUGAGGCUUGCCUGCCCCCGCAUAUGUUAUUCAAGUUGGCACCUCUGUAUGUGAGGGCAACAACACGUCCCUCAGUUGUGUCCCACAACUCCUACCUUCAACUGGUAGUCGGAGUCAGGUCUCCAUAGAUGCUGGAGGCAGUAUGCAGUGCAGCCAUCAGGGGCAGCAGGCAUUGCUGGAUUCAUCGUCCACAGAUCUGUCCACCCCCUUUUCAAAACUGCCCCAAUUGGCAGCCGUUGCUACGUCUUAUGGCAGUGAAUUCUGUAGCUGAACGAUGCACAGUGGGGCAUCAUUAACAGGACUACGUGGAGGGUUCCAUACAUUGUGUAGUCUGGGGUAGUUUUGACGAAGGGCUGGGGCUUCAUUUGAGCCAGGGCGUAGUGUGAGAACUGUUCUCGAUGCUUGUUGUCCUGGCUGCUAGAGCCCAGCCUAAAUAAAAAUCUGGCCCAGCCCUUCAAAAACAGGUCAUGGCUAAAUGCCUUACACAGAGGAACAGCCACCAGGCACGGCUUUGCAUGUGUUCUUGUAGACUCGGAUAAUUUUAGAGCCCUUCUUUUAGAUGCAGGCCGUUUUCAGCAGUUGAACUGAGCUCCUGUUCGUACUUGAUGGUACAGCUUCUGUGCUUUCCCCAAAGAUACAGAGAUCGACUGGAAAGCCUAUAUGGAUGAGGUGGAGGGUGUUGUCAAUGGGACUCUGGAUUACACCCAGCUAAAGGGGGACACCGGCCCUCUUGUGUGAGUAACACUGAGCUUGCAAUUAUAAUGCGGGUUUCAGGAGUGGUAGGGUGGGUACAUCUCUUAAAGAUGGAGUCUGGGAGGCAAUAGGGCAGUUUCUCUUGCCUUCCUCUGUAGUUGAUCCAUUUACCCACUCUCUCUCUCUACAGGUAUCCUGCUGGCUUUGUUUACAUCUUCCUGGGCCUGUAUUAUGCAACUGGCCGUGGCACCAACAUCCGUCUGGCUCAAUAUCUUUUUGCUGCCCUUUACAUUGCCACACUGCUGCUUGUUUUCCGCAUCUACAGCCGAACGAGUAAGGUCAGUAGCUCCUACAGCACCUCAAGGAGCACUAAAGACUGUUAUUUUUCCUAUCACACAGUAGAUAUGAACCCUUAUCCAAACACAGUGCUCAUGUGCAAUACAUGUGGGACCUGAAAAUUAAAGGCCAGGAGGAGGAUAGCAAGGUUUGGGUGGGUGCAGGUUAAGGUGGAAUUCUAUGGAGCUGCACUGCUGAACUCUUUAUAUAGACUGAGACUUCCAUGUUCAUGAUACUGUACACAGCAACCGUAAAAAAAUGCAACCUCAUAUUCCAGUUCUACCACUGAGAUCUUCUGUAGGAGCAUCGCUGUAGGAGCAUUCACCCCAGGUUGGUGAGGCUCAUUUGAUUUCAACACAAAGCUGAGCUUUUAUUGUUAUUGGGCCAAGCCCUGUGAAAUGAUCUUCCAAAAUAUAUUCAGCAGGCUUCCGAAUCUGUAUUGACCUUUAAAUGAUUGCUGAAAACUUUUCUUUGCUGCCAGGCUUGUGCAAACAAUUAAGACAAAAUUUAGUUAGUGUUUUUUUAAUAAUAAAAAAUUAUGUGGUCUUUAUUUUGUACGUAUUCCUGUUGUAAACUGCUUUGAUUUUUUAAAAUGAUGCUUUUGUAGUAAAGGUUCAUAUAAAACGUGUUCAUAUGCUGUGAAUGAGAGAACACAGCUACAAGUUUUCGGUUCAGCAGUUCUCCCUCUCUUGCACAAGGAGGAAGAGGAUCCUGGGAACCUGACCUUACAAUUUGAGAAAAAAGCAACUGAGCAUGCAGUUGUAGGGAAAAACUUAGGCACUUUCUGCUGAAUGCUUGUCUGUUAGUAUUAUUACAACUAUUAUUUCACCUUCCACGCAUUUCUCAAGGCGAUGCACAAAAUACAAUAAAAACAGUUAAAAACAAUACAGAAAGCAGCAGCAGUUAAAACUAAAAACCAAUGUGAAUUGGGCACCCAUUGCAGGGACGUAUUCACCCAGCUGAGAAAUCUUGCCAGAACAAAGCUUUUCAGAAAGUACAGAUUGUGGGUGCCUGUCGUAUCUCACCAGGAAUUUCAUUCCACAGAAAAGGGCCGGCCACACUAAAAGCCAGGAGUUAAAGAAGGGGCAAAGUAGCUUCAGUCAGCACAGCUGUCAGCCACUGCCUCUAGGAGGUGCUGGGAGCCCAGUGGGCACACACAGGCUGCAUGUUGUUGGAAGACUCCCAUCUGUAAAAUGGGAACAGUGGCAGCUUGAGUCAUUUGAAGCCGCCCCAAUGAUUUUCCUCAUUGACACCUCUGCUGCAGGUCCCGCCCUAUGUUUUCUUCUUCAUGUGCUGCGCCUCCUAUCGCAUCCACUCCAUCUUUGUCCUGCGCCUCUUCAAUGACCCGGUGGCCAUGGCGAUCCUUUUCCUGGCUGUCAACCUCUUCCUGGAGGAGCAGUGGUCCUGGGGAUGCUUCUGCUUCAGGUGAGAGCCCCUUUAGAGCCAAUCCAUCCAAUGGGAGGGUAUUUUAAACAAACGAGUGGUUCUUGCAGAAGCACAAAUAACGGGCACGCCUGAUUUUUCUGCUUGCAAAGUGGGAACUUUCAGAGCCAGCUCAUUGCUUCCUGUGGUCCAUCUAAAACGGCCUUUGCCAGCCUGAGCACCUCCAGAUGUUUUGGACUACAACUCCCAUCAGCCAUCUUGCUGUAGUUCUGUGUAAACUGUAAACCUUGUGGGCAAGCAGGACAGACUCUUGCUCUCUGUGAAAGUCUGCUGCUACUGUAGUUCUUAGUCAAUGUCAGAUGGCAAAAGCAAGGUGCAUGGGGACUGGAAUGGGCCUUGUAUUAACCACAAGGAUCAGUGGCACCUUUUAUUCUCUCUCCUCCAGCCUGGCGGUGUCUGUGAAGAUGAAUAUCCUGCUCUUUGCACCGGGUCUCCUUUUCCUCCUCCUGCAGCGCUUUGGCCUGCUAGGAGCCAUUCCCAAGCUCGCUAUCUGUGCAGCCCUGCAGGUAAGGAAUGGGAAGAUUUGCCAUGUCCAGAUUCAACCCCUGGUAUCUCCAGCCAAAAGGAAUGGUGGGCCUAGGAAAGGCCACACGGCAUGUCAGAACAGACAACACUUAGUCUACAGUGCCUGGUAUUCCCAGGGGGUCUCCCAUCCAAAUAGUAACCAGGCCUGACCCUGCUUAGCUUUUAGGAGAUCAGGCAUGACCAUAGGUGGUAUGACCAUGUUGGUUUGCAAGCCCCCUCCAUAGAGGCUGGCCCCUCUCACUGUCCUCGGAGCUUGCUUACCGGUAACCUCCUCUGGCUGAUAUCCAGACAGACCAGGGAGAUUUUGAUAGGAGACAUUUUCCCAAGCGUGGGUAAAAUGCACAACCCCUCUCUCCUGCUUCCGCAGGGGAAAGAAAAUAAGUCAGAAAUCUAUUUACAUGAUGUUUAUUUCUGACAUUACAGCACUAGAGAAAAACACGUCCUUUCAGUUCAGUUCUUCUAGCAAGUCUGACAAACUUCCUGAACAUGCGCAGUCGGAAGGUUUCAAAUUACACUCUUCACAAAGACUUAUCCAGCCUGUGAACGUCCGGGGAAAUUCUUCUUUCCCACAGAUAGGCGCAUCAUGUGAUGUCAACAAUCUGGCUGUCUGCAGCUGUGAUGUUUCAAUAUACUGACAGACCAUAGGCCAAUACUUGUCUGAUUCAGUUACUACCUAGUGACAGCAGAGCUAGGUCAAGGUGAAAUACUUUGAAAAUAUACAUAGCUGUGAUCCUGUCCAUUGGAUCAUCAGGUUUUAGUUUUUAAAAAGUUUCUAGCUCUCGUUGUUUCUGCAAAUAUGCAGGCAGAAACAAAGAAAGUAUGGAUGAGGCUUCCAGUGAUCAUGGUGAGACUCCUGUCCAAAUAUAUAUACAGUGGUACCUCGGGUUACAUACGCUUCAGGUUACAUACGCUUCAGGUUACAGACUCCGCUAACCCAGAAAUACUGCUUCAGGUUAAGAACUUUGCUUCAGGAUAAGAACAGAAAUCGUGCUCUGGCGGCGCAGCAGCAGUGGGAGGCCCCAUUUGCUAAAGUGGUGCUUCAGGUUAAGAACAGUUUCAGGUUAAGAACAGACCUCUGGAACGAAUUAAGUACUUAACCAAGGUACCACUGUAUAUCCAUAUCACCCUGCUCCAUCUCUAGCAUUUUCUCUCCUUGUCCUUGUAUUUGUGAAUUUGUUUUGUGUGGUUGCACAUCAUUCCAUGAGUUCAGUGCAUGUGAGCGGUUACACUAUACUCAGUGCAUAACACUCAAUUGCACAAAGCAAAUAGUGGGUGUUUCCCCUGGUGUUUUAUUUCUUAAAUGGAAGGGAGAAAUGCAAUUUAUGAAGGAUGCAGGCAAGUAUGUUUCCCCUCAAGCAAACAUUAGAGAAGGUAGUUAAUGUUGGCCAAGCUCACAGAGAGCUUUUUUGGCAAGGGAAACCUCAUCGCUAGGUGCACAUGAGGUUCAAUUACUGUCCAACAGCCAUUAAGAGGAGGCUGCCCAAAAUAAAUGCAGCAGGUCUUUUGGAACUGAUGCCGGGAAAGAAGCUGAACUGCAGCAAGAGGACCCCAUAGAUGAAAGGAAGAAGGGAAGCAGAGAUGGGAGGGGUGGGCCAAGCAGUAUUUUCACACCUGCAUGCCUUCCUCACAGCUGCAUUGCAUCAUGAGUUUUGUAGGUUUAAAGCAGCAGAAGUAACUAGUAGCUUGUGUACCUGAUGCUCCAGCAUUUUGCUAAAAAUAAUAAAGCACUUCCUGGGUGAAUGUGCAGCAGAGCCUAUGAAGCAACACGACAUGUCUCUAAUUUUGGAACACAGAGUUGUAUUAGCAGAACCUGAACCUAAUUUCUGGCUUAGGUGGCAAUAUCAAUCAGCAGUGACACUGGCUCAUCUGCUGCUGCAGCUGCAACAAAACAUGUCUUUCCUGUUUUACUUCACCCCCUCAGGCGCACACCGUCAUUGUCUUCCAAGAGAGACAGAUACCUACAAGUGCAGCUGGCAGACUGAAGAAUUGCAGUGACCUCAGCUUCCACAAUUUGCUGCAUGUUCAUGUUCUUUGUGGGAGAAUUUUAAGGCACAGUUGUUUCUUGCAGGUUGUUUUGGGGUUGCCCUUCCUGGUGGUGAAUCCUGUUGGGUACGUGUCCCGUUCCUUUGAUCUGGGCCGACAGUUCCUCUUCAAGUGGACAGUAAACUGGCGAUUCUUGCCAGAAGAGGUUUUCCAGCACCGAACAUUCCACCUGGCAUUGCUGGCCGCCCAUUUGGCUGCCCUGGGGCUCUUUGCACUGAAGAGGUGGCACAGGUGAGAUGGUGGCGUUGUCACUGUGCUCGGGGGGCAGUACGUGUGAAACUCAAAUCUGGGAGAAUCAGGCUCACAAUUUAUGGGCUCUCCGAGAGAAAGAGAUUUGGUUGUUGUUAUAGCUUGUCAAGGAGCGAGCUUCUAAUUCCCCAGCACUGGCCUGAUACAAAGCAAGAGAGAAAACGGGACUUUGGGGGCACAUACACAACCCACACAAGAUUAGCCUUUGCAGGAUUCUGCUUCAGUUCAGUGCAAGGGUGCAGAAACCACUUGCACUGAAAGUCAGUGUCAUGUAGUGCACAGAAUGUGAAAGCUGGGGCAAGUUCUGGGUUCGCAUCCCUACUCACCCAUUUGAAGCUUAGUCAUAAGAACAGCCCCACCUGAUCUCAGCAGAGGUCCACAUGUCCUAGGAUCCUGUUUCCAACAGGGUGAGCAGAUGCUUGCAGGCAUCUUAUAUGUGGAAAGCAGCAGCUGUUGUCUGUUUUUUGCCCCAGCACCUAGUUUUAAGAGAGAAACUGCCUAGUUGGAGAUCUCCUCUGUCACUCUCUCAGCCUAACCUGUCUCACAGAUUAAGAAGAGGUUAUGCUGAACUGCCCUGAAUAAGAGCUUACACUCCCAGAAGGAAGGGGUCCGCUUUCUUAUGGAUCACAACAGUUCUGCUUCUCUCCUCUCCCCCCACCCUGCCCCCAAACUGCAGGUGUGAUGAAAGCAUCCUGUCACUGCUGAAGGAUCCAGCUGAGAGGAAGAACCCUCCGCAGCCCCUCUCAGCCAAUCAUAUCCUUUUGCCAGAGUGGUGGGGAUGGUUUGCCACAUGGUAG